GAAGAGUCACCGAGAUGAUGUCUGCGAGGCACCGUCGGCGUUGCCACUCCCUCUCUGAUGAGGCUGAGGAGACCAAUGGGAACCAUGCAGAUCCUGGACCAGAACCAGAAGCUGACGAGCUGGACUGGGACAGCUACAGCACCACACUGGAGCACAGAUUAGCAGCUGAGCAGGAGAGUGCCCAGGCGUCCGAGCAGCGCUGCGCCCAACUGGAGAAGGCCCGGCGUGAGCUGGAGCGGCAGCUGUCAGGCCUCUCAGACCGGCUGGAGGAGGAGGAGGUCUGCUCAGCCCAGUUGGCCCUCCACAGGGACAGGCUGGAGGCCGAGUGCGGCAGCCUCCGACGAGACCUGGACGACCUGGAGGGCGCCCUGACGGCGGCUGAGAACGACAAACAGUCGUCACACAACGAGGUGAGGAGACUGUCGGAGCAGCUUUUUCAGAAGGACGAGGCGGUGCAGAAGCUCCAGAAGGAGAAAGAACAUCUGGUGGAGCUCAGCCAGCAGGCCAUUGAGGACCUGCAGAGUGAAGAGGAGAAAGUGAACCUGCUGACCAAAGAGAAAACCAAGCUGCAGAUGCAAGCUGAGGACUUGGAGUACCAGCUGGAGCAGGAGCGCCGUCAGCGUGGUGAGCUGGAGAAGAGCCGGAGGAGGCUGGAGGGCGACAGCAGAUCAACACAGGAGAGUCUGGGAGAGAUGGAGAGGAUGAGGAGUGGUCUGGAAGACCUCAUCAAAAGGAAAGACCUGGAGAUCAACAGUACCAGCUCCAAGCUAGAAGCAGAGGAGGCCCUCAACAUCGGACUGCAGAGGAAGAGCAAGGAACUACAGGCCCGCAUUGAGGAGCUGGAAGAGGAGCUGGAGGCAGAGCGGGCCAUGAGAACCAAGGUGGAGAAGCAGAGAGCAGAUCUCACCAGAGAACUGGAUGAUCUCACGGACCGGCUUGAGGAAGCAGGAGGGGUCACGGCCUCACAGAUGGAAGUGAACAAGAAGCGAGAGGCCGAGCUCCAGCGCCUGAGACGAGACCUGGAGGAGUCCUCCGUCCAGUCUGAAGCGUUUGCUUUAUCUCUGAGGAAGCGGCACAGCGAUGUUGUGGCAGAGCUGAGCGAGCAGUGUGAGGCUCUGCAAAGGACCAGAGCCAAACUGGAGAAGGAGAAGCAGAAUCUGAGAAUGGAGGUGGAUGAGCUGGCCGCUUCACUGGAUACUCUACAGAAAGCCAAGACGUCCUCAGACAGCCAGCUGAAGAAGCUGGAUGAGCAGCUGUUUGAGGCCAACAGGAGAGGAGAUGAGCUGCAGAGGACCCUCACUGAGCUCAGUGUGGCCAAGAACAGACUCACAGCCGAUAAUGCAGACGUGAGUCGACAGAUGGAGGAGGCGGAGGGCAGAGCGAGCCAGCUGACCCGCUCCAAGACUCUGCUCCAGUCCCAGCUGGAGGAGCUGAAGAAACAGCUGGAUGAGGAGGUCAAGUGUAAGCAGGCGGCCAGCAGCAGCCUGAGCUCAGUGCGGCAGGAGUGCGAGGUGCUGAGGGAGCAGCUGGAGGAGGAGCAGGAGAGCAAGCAGGAGAUGCAGCGCCUCGUUUCCAAACUCAACAGUGAGGUGACGCACUGGAGGACCAAACACGAGGCAGACGCAAUCCAGCACGCAGACGAGCUGGAGGAGACCAAGAAGAAGCUGGCGAGCAGGCUUCAGGAGGCUGAGGAGGCCGUGGAAGCCACCCAGGCCAAAUGUUCCUCACUGGAGAAAACCAAACAGAGACUGCAGGGAGAGGUGGAGGACCUCUGCAUGGACCUGGAGAAGGCCAGCGGCUGCGGUCAGACUCUGGAUAAGAAGCAGAGGGUGCUGGAGAAGCAGCUCGGGGACUGGAAGCAGAAGUGUGAGGAGCUGGUGACCGAGGUGGAGGGCUGCCAGAAGGAGAGCAGGCUACAUGCUGCCGAGCUGUUCAAGCUCAAGACGGCUCAUGAAGAGUCUCUGGAGCAGCUGGAGGCUCUACGUAGAGAGAACAAGGCCUACCAGGAGGAGAUAGCUGACCUAACAGACCAGCUGUCAGAUGGAGGUAAGAGUGUCCACGAGCUGCAGAAAGCAAAAAAGAAGAUUGAGAUGGAGAAAGAAGAGCUACAGGCCUCACUGGAGGAAUCUGAGGCAGCUUUGGAGGCUGAAGAGACCAAGGUGCUGAGGUUGCAGCUCGAGUUGUCUCAGGCUAAAGGAGACCUGGAGCGCCGACUGCAGGAGAAGGAGGAGGAGAGUGAAGCUGCCAGGAAAAGCCACCAGAGGGCGCUAGAGUCUCUGCAGGCCAGUCUGGAUGUGGAGGUGAAAGGCAGAGCAGAGGGACUGAAGUUAAAGAAGAAACUGGAAACCGACAUCAAUGAGCUGGAGCUGCAGGUGGACCUGCUCACCAAGAACAACGCAGAGCUCAGCAAAAACAGCAAGAAGAUGCAGCAGCAGAUUAAGGAGCUGCAGGCCCAGCUGGAGGAGGAGGUGAGGGGCCACGAGGAGCGCAGGGAGGAGCAGGCUGCCCUGGAGCGACGCUGCGCUCUGCUGAUCAGCGAGAGCGAGGAGACCCGGGCAGCGCUGGAGAACGCAGAGAGAGCCCGGAAGUCCUCGGAGACAGAGCUGCUGGAGGCCAGCGAGAAGUACAGCGACCUCAACAACCAGUUCCAGUUGGCUCUGAGCGGAAGGAGAAAGCUGGAGGUGGAUCUUCAGACUUUGCAGCAGGAGCAUGAGGAGCUCCAGGCAGAGCUGAGAGGAUGCACAGACAAGGCCAAGAAGGCCAGCUGUGAGCUGGCGCGAGUCGGGGAGGAGCUGCGUCUGGAGCAGGAGCACACACUCCACCUGGAGAGAGUGAAGAAAGGUCUGGAGGCCCAGAUCAAAGACAUGAGCGGCAGACUGGACGAGGCCGAGCAGAUGGCUCUGAAAGGAGGGAAGAAGAUCAUCCAAAAGCUGGAGGGGAAGGUGAAGGAGCUGGAGCUGGAGCUGGACUCGGAGCAGAAGCGGCACGCCGAAACGGUGAAGACGCUGCGGAAAAACGAGCGUCGUCUGAAGGAGCUGCUGUUCCAGUCGGAGGAGGACCAGAAGAAUCAGCAGAGGAUGCAGGAGCUGGUGGAGAGGCUGCAGAACAAGAUGAAGGCAUACAAGAGACAAGUGGAGGAGGCUGAGGAGCAGGCUAACAUGAACCUGGCCAAGUACAGGAAGACCGUCCACGAGCUGGAUGAUGCUGAGGAGCGUGCUGACAUCGCUGAGUCAGCACUUACCAAGAUCAGAACCAAGAACAGAGGCAGCUUUGGCAAAGGAUACUCUUCUGGUUACAGCACCCCCUACCCCGGCCUGGUCCGCUCGCCCAGCUCUGCCGGCUCGGAGGGCAGAGGAGAGAAGAUCCUCAACGAUGACAACGAGUCCGUCAGCUCCCUCAUCCCGGCCUAUCUCAACUCCCUCAAGAAGCUCAUGAUUGAUUAGGGAGAUGGCUGCGACGUCAGCUUUUCAGAAAUACGAAUCUGCAUCAUCCGAUGGCAGCUCUGAUGUCUUCUGAAGAAGUGAAGCGCAUGAAGUUUGAAACAUCAGAGAGGCUCAGCGUGUAGUUUCACCGUACAUUCAGGUCAUUGGAUGUGCGUCACCUGUUUGUGAACACUGUACAUUCCUAUAGAAUUUUUCUACUAUGUACUUAUUGCUUCCUCUUUGCGUGUAAGAUCACAUUCCAGCUUUCUUAUACCCUUUCACAUCCCUUCAGACUGUUAGAUUUGUGUGUAAAAAGCUGAUUGAAUUUGCAAAAAUAUUCUGCAUGUGUUUGAAAUUCACAUUUAAGUGAUACUUUAUUACAGUGAUCAUUUAUAAGUCAUUUAUUAGGCGAUCAGUUAAUGAUGACAGUGUCAGCAGAUCCUUAAAAAAGCUAAAAGGUUUAACAUUUUUAGAAAAUACAACCAUAAAUGUCCUAAAAAUUUUAUUUUCUCAGCUGUUUGUGCACGUUUGUCCUGGUUCUUACAAUGGAACUAAUCAUGUUUUUAUCAUUUUAUGUGGGAUUUUGCACACGACUGUUAAAUAAAGACACAUAAUGCCGAUAAGAUUUAGCACAUUUUCAGACUAUUUAGUGACCAAGCACUAAUCUUUAUUGUUUACUUCUCUUUUGUUUGAUUUCACUGUAUAAUUAGAUUUUUAUUCUUCUCAUGCGUUAAUAACUGUCUUAUCUCUCACCAUCAACCAUGGGCUGGACAGAAGACAUAAAUGUCACAUCGUUUUGAGGACCGAGUCAUCGUGCCCAAGCAUUAUGCUAUCAGCUAACACUAGUGCUAGCUUACUUGGCUAACACUAAUUCACCUUAACUGUCAUAUUAAAUCGGAUGCUAAUUUUUUCCCCUUUCUUUGGGGAAACAUACCAACUAUUAGGGUUCAUUGUACACAUUCUUCUUGGAAAUACAGUUGCAUCUCAUGCGCAUUCAAAUAAGAUAGAAAAAUAAACAUUUCUUUACCAAAAAAAAUAAAUUUUAAAUCUAUAUCCCGUUAACUGAAGACUACAGUUAACUGAAGAUCAAGUCAUGAUUACAAUGAUUCGAAAACUGACUAAAACAACCUGACAAAAAGCAGAACUGUGGAAAAUGCAUUGCCUACCACAAAACAACGAGUCUAUUAUAUAAUAUCUACUUAAUGAUGGAGUUAUUUUCAAAGUGACCUCCAGCACACUGAUCAGAUGCAGUGACUUUAACUAAAGACGUCAUGCUGAGAGAAGUUUAUGCUUUUUUAAUUGCAGUCUACUGGAGUGAGAGGUGUUUUAAAAUACAAAUACAGCGCAAUGAUAUUAUGAAUAUGUGUCGUGUGGUUUUAAAGCAAAUAACGACAUCAAGAUAAAUGAUUUCUCAAUGACUGAGUUCAUCAUUAACUAAUAGCUUAUAAAUGACUUCAUCAUUAUUAAGCGCUACUAAGAUGUCAUCAUUACGUGGGUCAAGAAUUUCAGUGUAUUUUACCUAAACUACGUGUAUCUCUGUCUGAACUGUUAACCACAGCUUUAUUAUCAGCGCCUAAACCUGUAACGAGGCUCGACCAAAUCAUUUACUGUUAAAUGUGAAAAUGUGUUUUUUAGGAAAUAAAGAACUUUUUUCAUUUAUGGUGUUUUUUUCUACUUAUUCCCAUUUCGGUAGUCAAAAGAAGAACAAGCAUGUUGUGACAUAAGAUACAUAUUUUCCAUUUUAUUGAUGAAAAAUGCUGAACUUUAGCUGUUAAUAUACAAAAAAAAUGUCUCAAUACUCUUCUCUCAGUGGUCAAGUAGUACUAAGCAGUAAUACUGGACAGGACAUGUUGUAAAAGAGCAGUUUGUACAGCAUGGAGCUUCUGCAGGCAGCAGCACGGACA